CAACUAACCCUCAUCUUCUGCUCCCUUCCACAGGAAACCAUACCAGCAACACCGGCCACGAGCACCGACACCAGCAGCCUAGUUGGUGUGGGCGGCGGCGUUGCUGGCGGUGGAGGCGGCGGCGGCGGUGGUGGAGGCAUUGCCGGCGCCGGCAGCGGACUGGUUGACAUUGCCAGCAGCCUGGGCGGAGGUGUGACCAGCGAGUCGGAGGCGUACGCGGGCCUCAUGAAGGAUGCGGACAAACUGAAGCUGAUGCUGCUCGCCUGGAAUUAUCAGAACUCGACGGCGGUGCGCAAUGGCACCGAGGGGCCCGAUCUUAGUGUUGUGGGUGGCCUCUGGGCACAGUAUCAGAACGCUUUGGCCCAAAAUGCCGCAGCGGUGGCGGCGGCCAGCAGCAAAAUGGACAGCUCGCUGUCGCCGGUGCCCAGACAGGAUGCGCAUUCGCCCAUGGAGGCGCAGGAUGAGACAAACUCGUCGGGGCAGAAAGAGGAGGAUGAGGUUUCCGAAGAUGAUUCCGAUGACAAACUGGACGAGAAACUGGCCACCACACACGAUCCUGAGCGCCUCAAGGCCUUCAAUAUGUUCGUGCGUUUGUUUGUGGACGAGAAUCUGGACCGCAUCAUACCCAUCUCCAAACAGCCAAAAGAAAAGAUCCAAGCGAUCAUCGAUUCGUGCGCCCGACAAUUUCCCGAGUUCAGCGAUCGUUCCCGCAAACGUAUUCGCACCUAUCUCAAGUCGUGCCGUCGCAACAAGAAAACACGAGACGGCUGGGAGAAUACGACUCGACCGACGCCCGCUCACUUGACCUCCGUGCAGGCGGAGCAAAUCCUGGCCAUAGCUUGUGAGAACGAAUCGAUGAACGCGAAGCGUAUGCGCAUUGGCCUAGAGCCAAUUACCCAUGCGGUGCCGGCGCCGGGCAGCGUUGUUGCAGCUGCAGCGGCUGCAGCAGCUGUUGCCGGCACCAGCAGCACGUCCGCAAGCAAUGCCGCCACCGUCACCUGCACAGCAGCCGAUGCGGCUGGAUUGAGCAGCGUGCCAUUUGUGAGCGCCGUGGGCUUUGCACGCUCCACGCCCAACUCGGAGCACGCGGACGCAGCGUUCGGCGGGGCGGCCAACAUUGCCGGCGCUGGCAGUGCUGGCGGCAACAGCGCCAGUGGUGCAGCAGGCGGCGGUGGCGGCACUGGUGGCAUGAGCUCGGCGCGUAGCUCACCGCUGGCACUCAGCUCGAAUGCCAGCGUCGGGGGCGCCAGUGUGACGGGCUUGGCGCUGGCCAACGGCGCUGGGGCAUCGAAUGGCACCGGCCUGCCCUCCAGCAGUCCCUAUACCACGGACUUUAGCUCGCCAACGGCGGCCUCGCCUUUUGUGGCAGCUGCUGCGGCAGCGGCUGUGGCAGCCGGACGUGCGCCCAGCUAUCCCGGCUAUUUUCCGGGCGUCGCCGGCCUGGGUAAUGUUACGCCCACCGAUCUCUCCAUGAAACCAACGUCGCUGAGCGCUGGCAGCGGCCUCGCCGGCGGCAACAGCAACAACAACAACAGCAACACAGUCAGCGCGCAGCUGAGUGCCGCCAAUUUGGCAACGCUGAGCAAUGCCAGCAACAACAAUGCGCUGGUCACCGCCACACAGCAGCUGCAGCAGCUACAGCAGCAACAGCAACAACAACAACAGCAGCAACAGCAACAGCAGCAGCAACAACAGCAGCAACAACAGCAACAACAGCAGCAGCAACAGUUGCUUGCCGCAUCCGGCGACGGCAACUGCUCCCGUGUGCCGCCCAUUCUUCCACACAAGCUGAGCCCCAACGAGGUGACCGCCGCCCGACAGGUCAUCUCGGCGUACCGGGAGAGUGCUGCUUUUCUGCUGCGCACCGCUGACCAGGUGGAGCAGUUGCUCGUUCAGCAGCAGUAGGCGUGGCAAGGGUAAGCGCUCGUGGUGUCGGUGGCGGUGGCGGGUAUUGGGGCACUCUUUCUAGACCCAAGCGACGCGUAGCGCGCGCGCGGGUUGUUCCUAUUUAAAUUUAAAUUUAAAUUGAAUUACACACAGCAAAAGCAGCAGCAAC